CCAUUGAUCUAAUAUUCUGCGAAUCUUAUUGUUAUAAUACGCGAGUUUGAUAAAGUAACAUGAAACAGUCGAUUGUAGUGCACCGUCAAUUGUCAAUUGUACCGUGCUCUACCGGUAUUGUCGCGUCAGCGAUAUACGCUUCGAAAUUGCGACACUUUUCAUAAAGUAGAUUUCGCACAAUAUGGCGCGUCAGCAUCGUCGCGAACUUAUUCUCCGCUCGAAUGAUAAGGACACGCGAGUGUCUAUUCUUUUUUACUGCGAAACACCGCUUAUAAACGAGCCGCGUGAUUCCAUCUCGCACAAUACGAACCAUGAAGAGCACCGGUUGCAUCGCGAUAGUAUUUUUUGCGGCGCUAGUCCUAGCGUCCGCCGAAAUCAAGAACAAGGGAUGGUGGCAACACGCAGUUUUCUAUCAAGUAUAUCCGAAAAGUUUCAUGGAUUCCAACAGCGAUGGCAUCGGAGAUUUAAAAGGUAUACAGGAGAAAUUACAGCAUUUCGUAGACAUCGGCAUAACGGGAAUUUGGCUGUCACCGAUUAAUAAAAGUCCCGAUAAGGAUAAUGGUUACGACAUAAGCGAUUUCAGAGACAUACAGCCAGCGUUCGGUACUUUGCAAGAUUUUGAGAACCUUGUGAAGGAGGCAAAAACACUCGGCUUAAAGGUUAUUUUGGAUCUCGUUCCGAAUCAUACUUCCGAUAAACAUCAAUGGUUUGUUGAAAGCGAGAAAAAUAAUAAAACGUAUAAGGAUUAUUAUAUUUGGAUGGAUAAGAUACCUAAUAAUUGGGUCAGCGUAUUCAAUGGUUCCGCUUGGAAAUACAAUGAACAACGAAAGCAAUAUUAUUAUCAUCAAUUCUAUUGGCAACAACCUGACUUAAAUUACGAUAAUACAGCUGUACAAAACGAAAUGAAGGAAAUAAUGCAGUUUUGGCUGGAUAAGGGAUUAGAUGGAUUCCGUAUCGAUGCUGUACCCCACAUAUAUGAAAGCAAUAUAAAUCAAAACGAACCAUUACUUUCUGAUGAUCUUAACGAAACUUUGCACGCCUCUUAUAAUCAUACUCUGACCAAGGAUCAACCAAAAACUUAUGACUUGAUAAAGAGCUGGCGAGAAUUUGUCGACGAAUAUGCGAAUAAGAAAAACCGGGAUGAAGUCGUGUUAAUGACAGAGGCGUAUACCAGUCUGGAUAAUACGAUCAAAUAUUAUAAUUUUGGGUCUCAAGUUCCGUUCAAUUUCAAGUACAUAACUGACGCGAACGUCAACUCCAGCGCCACCAAUUUUAAGAACAUUGCGGAUAAUUGGAUAAGUCGAAUCCCGCCUGACGAUGUAGCGAAUUGGGUGAUGGGCAAUCAUGACAGAAAUCGCGUAUCGUCUCGUUAUCCUGGAAGAGGAGAUCAAAUGAUAAUGCUGGAAAUGAUUUUACCUGGCGUAGCUGUAACGUACUACGGCGAAGAAAUAGGCAUGGUAGACAAUACCGACUUUGAGUUUAGUGAUUUUCGUGACGGUUGCCGAACACCGAUGCAAUGGAACAGCGAUGCAUACGCAGGUUUCACGAAGGGAAAUAAGACAUGGCUCCCCGUUCACAAAAAUUAUAAGAUUUUAAACGUGGCCGCGGAGAAGAAUGACUCUAACUCCGUCUACAAUAUGUAUAAAAAUUUAACCACACUACGAAAAUCAGAAAUUCUCCGAUACGGUGCUGUGGAUACGCGUGUAGUGCAAGAUAACGUACUCGUUGUCAGAAGACGCUAUAACAACGAAGUGCUUGCACUGUUGAUAAACUUCAGCAAUGAUAAGAACUAUACCGUCGAUUUAGUAGACAUAAUGGAAAAGAAACCGUCUGAAGUGAAAUUAAGCGACACGAUCUCAAAGGUGCCAAGAACUGACGUGGACUUGAACGCUUUCUCCAUACCUGCGAAAGCAUCUGUCGUUUUGGUUGGUAAUCUGGCAAAUACAGCUGGCAUCUCUCUCGUGUCUGUACUCUUAGCAGCGAUUGUUUCAUUGUACCGAUCGUAAAGCUUCGACAACUAAAAUGUUUUCGUCGCGAAUAGUUCUUUCUGAUAAACAAAGGUAACUUGUAUUUAUUAUGUGUUCGCAUUUAAGCCAGUAGUUAAAUAGAAACGAUUACGAUGAAAAAGAAUUCAAUAAUGUCCGUAUACGAUACGUCGAGUGUCAUUCGAUAUCGUUGAAUUCUUUUGUAUCGUUUAGCGCAUUUUAAUGUUGCGACUAUGCGCGUAUAGAUGACAAAUUUGGCGGGUAAAGUAAUAUCGAAGCGGUAAAUAUCAAUGUGAAAAGUAACGCGAUAGAAUCGCGGUCUUCUCUCGUUUAUACGAUUAUCGUAGCAGCAUCGAUUAAUUAUUUUUAACGAUAAGCUUCGAAGGAGAUCCGAUAUGGACAAGGUGAAUCUGUAAUUAUUUGCAACACGACAAUAUGUACAGAGAUAAUAAAUUAUAUUAUACGUAACA